AUGGAAAAAGGGGCAGGGCCCAGGCGGCGCCCCUGUGGAGCACCCACGCGUCCGGGAGGCACGUGCGGCUGCGCAGGAGGUGGUGUCUGCCAUCGACGACGAGGCGCUGGCGGAGGCCAACCUGCAUGCCCCUGUGCCCCAGCGGCCGCUCGUGUGCUACGACGACAUCUGAGCGGGUCAGAUCGCCCCCAAGGUUGCCAAACAGCCACCCUCUGCCAGGGGUGGGGCGGAAUGAGCUGCUCCUGUCAGCCGUCGAGAAGGACUCCGAGGCAUCCUCCUUCUUUCCCGCAACCCACUGGCAUUCUCUUCACAUAUGCGCCAUUUUGGUCUGGGUUUGUAUGCUGCACCCCGAGCUGUGUCCGGCAGGGUCCAACUGAUGAGAAGCGGCAGGGCGGGGGAGUACUGCAGCAGCUCGAGCACGGUACAGCCCAUUUACAUGGCUUCAGAAACUCAGAAGGCCCCUCAACUCCAUGUGACGCUCGCGCAUGUGAGGCGGGAACCGGACACGCAGUGGCUGUCGUAUCGGUCAGGGCGUGUUGCCCCCGGAGGAAGCGUGCCUUGCGCGAGAUGGAAAGGAUCAUGUGGAUGCCAUGA